UCCUUUUGUUUUUUGUAACAUGUGGUGACUUUUGGAAAUUACUGCUGUAUUUGAUUUGCUUGCAUAAAUCUCUCAUUCAGGAAGCAAAUGCAGCAGAUUUAUUUCUUAAUAAGAUUAUUUACAUUAAUGUGAUAUGAAAAAUAGCUUUUCAUGGAAAGCUUGUUAUUAAUAUUUUAAGUAAUAGUUAGAAGGAGAGCAAUGUUAUUUUAUUGUUAUUACUUAUUCUGAGUUAAUGUAAAUUAAUUAUUUUCGCCUUGUAGUCCAUUAUUGUACCAGUGUACAACGGGGAGCAAUGGCUGGAUCAGUGUUUAGAGUCUGUUGUGGAACAAGAAUUUUCUGGAAAAUUAGAAAUAUCAAUUUUUAAUGAUGCGAGUACUCUGGUGACUGUUUGACAAAAUGAAAGUUAAAUGUAAAGUGUGUAAAUUCAUGUAUACUUGGACAGCAUAUGUAUAGUAUAUGCAUGAGUGUUGCCACAUGUAUGUUUGAAAUCAUGCCAAAAACACCUCACUUCGAUGAAAGUUAAAACCAGAAGUCCAGAUAUCAGAAGACAAUAAAAAAAUUUAUAAUGGAUAAAUCAAGUGAACUUAUUGAUGCUUGGUCAUAUAAAAUUCAGAAGAAUGGCAUAAAAUUCACAUUUAUAUCAUCAUCGUCUAGUUCACCUAAAGGAGUGGGAUUUGCAAAAAAUGAAGCAGUCAAAAAUAGCUGUGGGGAAUAUUUGUGCUUCUUGGAUGCAGAUGAUGUUAUGCAUCCCUGUCGAGUUCGAAAACAGUAUGAAGCAUGUGACUCGAAUGAUGAUAUGAUAGUUGGUUGCCAGUUUCAUCGGGAGCCUGAGGAUUCCACUCCUAGGUACACCAACUGGGCUAACAAUUUAAGUUCAUCACAACUUUACACUCAGAUAUAUACAGCCUUUGGCCCUACUAUUGUUAUGCCAACGUGGUUUUGCCACCGAAAUGUUUUUAGAAAAGUUGGUGGCUUUAGCGAAGCAGGAAAGGGUACACCAGAAGACCUUUUGUUUUUCUAUGAUCACUUAAAAAUGGGAGGAAAGUUAUUAAGAGUUGAUGAAGACCUGUUAAUGUACAGAUACCAUGCUGCAGCUACUACAUUUUCAGUCUCUGAGGAAACAGUGUGGAAUGUACGUCUUAAAGAGCUGGAAAAGAAUGUUUUAGUUAAUUGGGCAACUUUUACAAUAUGGAAUGCAGGAAAACAAGGGCGUAAAUUUUACAGAUCUUUAUCACCGGAAAACAAAGAAAAGGUACAGACAUUUUGCGAUGUUGAUAUAAAAAAGCUUGGGAAGGGAGUAUACAUCUAUGAAGAAAGUAAAACCAUUCCCAAGCCACGUAUUCCAAUUAUUCAUUUUAGCAAAGCAAAGCCUCCAUUUAUUUUGUGUGUAAAAUUGGAUAUGACUGGUGGUAAAUUUGAAGAAAACUUAGCAUCUUUGUGUCUUAUAGAAGGAAAAGACUAUUUUCACUUCAGCUGAAAUGUUCAUAUUUCAAUAUUUUUUUAAAGAACAAUUUUUUAAUUCAAAAAAUAAAUUUUAUUGCAUCAAAUUGUA